GCAGAAAUCGUCAAGAGGCUGAAUGCUAUAUGUGCACAAGUCAUUCCCUUCCUAUCCCAAGAGCAGCAACAACUCCAGGCCCAGCAUUUGUCACAUGGACAUGGUCUCCCCGUGCCUCUCACCCCACACCCCUCAGGCUUGCAGCCUCCAACCAUCCCACCCAUUGGCAGCAGCACUGGCCUUCUGGCACUGUCUAGUGCGCUGGGUGGGCAAUCUCACCUACCGAUUAAAGAUGAAAAGAAGCACCAUGAAAACGAUCACCAAAGAGACAGAGACUCCAUCAAGAGCUCUUCUGUAUCUCCAUCAGCCAGUUUCAGAACAGCAGAAAAGCACAGAAACUCAACAGAUUACUCUUCAGACAGUAAAAAGCAGAAAACAGAAGAGAAGGAAAUAGCAGCUCGUUAUGACAGUGAUGGUGAAAAGAGUGAUGACAACUUGGUAGUUGAUGUUUCCAAUGAGGAUCCUUCCUCUCCCCGAGGGAGCCCAGCACACUCUCCACGGGAGAAUGGCUUGGACAAGACUCGACUGCUGAAGAAAGAUGCACCAAUUAGUCCUGCAUCUAUUGCAUCCUCCAGCAGUACUCCUUCCUCCAAAUCCAAAGAACUUAGCCUUAAUGAGAAAUCUACCACACCUGUAUCUAAAUCAAAUACCCCAACUCCACGGACUGACGCUCCAACUCCAGGCAGCAAUUCCACUCCCGGAUUAAGGCCUGUGCCUGGCAAGCCCCCCGGUGUUGACCCACUAGCUUCAGGUUUAAGGACGCCUAUGGCAGUGCCAUGUCCUUACCCUACUCCGUUUGGGAUUGUGCCACAUGCCAGUAUGAACGGUGAGCUGACCAGCCCAGGAGCUGCCUACCCCCAAAGAGGUGCAGCAGCGCCAGCAGCAGCAGCCGCAGCUUAUGGGAGAUCUCCAGUGGUUGGUUUUGAUCCCCAUCAUCACAUGCGAGUCCCAGGCAUCCCUCCCAAUCUCACAGGCAUCCCAGGAGGAAAACCAGCAUAUUCAUUUCAUGUAAGUGCAGAUGGUCAGAUGCAGCCUGUACCUUUCCCUCCCGAUGCCCUCAUUGGUCCAGGGAUCCCUCGCCAUGCCCGUCAGAUCAACACACUGAACCAUGGGGAAGUCGUGUGUGCAGUUACCAUCAGCAACCCCACAAGACACGUGUACACAGGUGGGAAGGGGUGUGUCAAAGUCUGGGAUAUCAGCCACCCUGGCAACAAGAGCCCUGUCUCUCAACUGGACUGCCUGAACAGAGAUAACUACAUCCGUUCCUGCAGAUUGCUCCCAGAUGGCCGCACCCUGAUUGUUGGUGGGGAAGCCAGCACGUUAUCCAUUUGGGACCUGGCAGCUCCAACUCCACGGAUUAAGGCAGAGCUGACAUCUUCUGCUCCAGCUUGCUAUGCCCUAGCUAUCAGCCCUGAUUCCAAGGUCUGCUUCUCUUGCUGUAGUGAUGGGAACAUUGCAGUGUGGGAUCUGCAUAACCAGACUUUAGUAAGGCAAUUUCAGGGCCACACAGAUGGAGCCAGCUGUAUUGACAUUUCUAAUGAUGGCACCAAACUAUGGACGGGAGGCUUGGACAAUACAGUCAGAUCCUGGGACCUCAGAGAAGGGAGACAGCUACAACAACAUGACUUUACAUCACAGAUCUUCUCAUUGGGCUAUUGUCCAACUGGUGAAUGGUUGGCAGUAGGAAUGGAGAACAGUAACGUUGAGGUGCUGCAUGUUACUAAACCGGACAAGUAUCAGCUGCAUCUUCAUGAGAGCUGUGUGUUGUCACUCAAAUUUGCUCACUGUGGCAAAUGGUUUGUAAGCACUGGAAAAGAUAAUCUUCUUAAUGCCUGGAGAACACCUUAUGGAGCCAGUAUAUUCCAGUCCAAAGAAUCCUCAUCUGUGCUUAGCUGUGAUAUCUCUGUGGAUGACAAAUACAUUGUCACUGGCUCUGGGGACAAGAAGGCUACAGUCUAUGAAGUUAUUUAUUAGAGACAAAUCUGAAUGCAGACAGGAGUCCUUCUUGUAGCACUUUGCUAUGUAUUCCUUUUUUUUUUCUUUCCCAAACUGAGAACUUAAAUGCUUAUCACAGUUGUGAAAUUUAUUUUUCCCCUUUUAACUUACUAUUGAAUUGUGAAUGCUGAUUAAGAACUUGUGAUACCAAAUCAUCAGAUAUCUACUUGGAAGAAAAUGGAAUACUUAACAGUGAACUUGACUAAUUAUGUAUUAUAGUUGUAAUGUAUUUAUUUUGUUUAAAGAAGGCUUUCUAACAAUGAACUGACUAAAUAAAGCUGUCUGGCCCGACUUUGGUUUGAAAGGUGCGUUGUAUAUUUUUUGGUUUUGCUGGUGGAUGAAAGGAAUUGGGGAGAAGGAUGUUGUGGAGAUAGUAAAAGCUACACUGAAUGGACUCAUAGAUUCUAAUUUUAAAAAAUGGGGAUUUUUUAGUCCUAUUCUUGCAUGAGGCCUCAAAGUAUUAUUACAGUAUAAUUACUUGGUGGGGAGAUGCUGCAGUUUAACUAUUUUAGACAGGCUUGGAAAUUUAGGAAAUUGCAACCUGUAGCCAAUGAUUUACAUGCCUGUAAUGAAUGGCAAGUUCAGUUCACAUCUAAAUUAAAUACCUUUUAUGAGAAUGUGCCAAUUUAUAUAUUUCCAAUGUCAAUAUAGCAUCUUGUGAACAGAUUUGUUCUCAGUGCUUUUCUAUUGAUGAACAUAAAGCGUUUUAGUGUCAAUGUAAUUUUUUUUUUUUUUAAAUAUAGCACCUCUCUCUGUUAUAUUGUAGAGAGAAGUACCAUAAGUUGCCUCAAAGAAUCACCUUUAUUGCUUCUGGACAUUUUUGCCACGUUUCUUUGAAAUGGGAGAUACAUGUCUUUAGGCAGUUUUUCAAUUACAAGAGAUUACGAAAAAUAUUUGAUAUAUUCAUUGGAAACUGCACUGAAAUAAGGAUGGAUUCCUACCAAUAUACAAACUACAAAAGCAAGGACCUCUGAGGUAGGAUUUACAAGAGCACUCAUUCUGAAGUACAAAAAAGGAAUGGAUUCUCACUUGGGAUAGGACUUGCUUUGUUUGUCACCAAUUCAAUCCAAGUCUUGAUUGGAUGUCUCCAAAAUGGAUGCAGGCUGAGCCAUUGUGCCAGAGACAUUGUGUUAUCUUUUUAUGUUCUUGUUGUCGCUGUUAAACUAUGAUCUGUGACUUUUUUUUUGAAUGCUUUAAAAAAAAUCUUUAAGUCUGUGGAUCUGCUGAUGUACAGUGCCUUUGCUGCUAUGGAUCAAAAUCAAAAGACCCAUGUAGAUAAAUCUUAUUGUAUAAGUAGAAAAUUACUUAAUUUCAUACUAGAAAUGGAUUGAUGCUGCAACUUAAAAUGGACUGUUCAUUGAAGUUCCAAAUGUGAUAGCAAAAAAUGGUGUCUUAAGUGUUUAGUGUUUGAUGUCAUUAACAGUUUCGUAAUGUUCUACAGCAAAGAAAAAUUUUGAUACUAAACUGUGUCAUUGUACAUAGUUCUAAUGCAUUGUAUUGACCACCAGUACUUCUAUAAUGGUAGUUUAUUGUUUGUGCAUUCAGACUUUUUAAGCAUUAAACAUAAGUAACUUCUAA